AUGAACGGCAGUGGACCAGCGUAUCCCCUCGCCUCUUUGUAUGUAGGGGACUUGCAUCCUGAUGUUACAGAGGCGAUGCUCUACCAGAAAUUUUCUCCGGCUGGACCCAUCAUGUCCAUUCGUGUGUGCCGAGACAUCAUCACCCGCAGAUCUCUGGGAUAUUCCUACAUAAACUUCCAGCAGCCAGCUGAUGCGGAGUGUGCCCUCGAUACAAUGAACUAUGACGUCAUCAAGGGGCGGCCAAUCCGGAUAAUGUGGUCUCAGCGUGACCCAGGACUCAGGAAGUCCGGUGUGGGCAACAUCUUUAUCAAGAACAUGGAUGAGUCUAUUGACAACAAGGCACUGUAUGACACCUUCUCAGCCUUUGGCAAUAUUUUGUCCUGCAAGGUUGUUUGUGAUGAAAAUGGAUCAAAAGGCUACGGCUUUGUUCACUUUGAAACUCACGAGGCUGCACACAGGGCCAUCGACACCAUGAAUGGGAUGUUGCUGAAUGAUAGGAAAGUGUUUGUUGGCCACUUCAAGUCUCGUAAGGAAAGAGAGGUUGAGUUUGGCACCAAAGCUAUGAAGUUCACCAAUGUCUACAUCAAAAACUUUGGUGAAGACUAUAGUGAGGAGAAACUCAAGGGAGUCUUCUCUGCAUUUGGGAGGACUCUGAGUGUGAGGGUGAUGAAGGACGAGAGGGGGCGUUCACGAGGAUUUGGUUUUGUUAACUUUGCAAACCACGAUGAUGCUCGGAAGGCAGUUGAUGAUAUGAAUGGAAAGGAGCUCAAUGGAAAGAACAUCUAUGUGGGGCGGGCUCAGAAGCGUCUGGAACGCCAGGGAGAGCUCAAGCGCAAGUUUGACCAGAUCAAGCAGGACCGCAUCCAGCGCUACCAGGGGGUGAAUCUGUAUGUGAAGAACCUGAAUGACACCAUAGAUGAUGAGAGACUGCGUAAGGAGUUUGCCCCUUACGGCACCAUCACCAGUGCCAAGGUGAUGACUGACGGUUCGCAGAGCAAGGGCUUUGGUUUCGUCUGUUUCUCUUCACCUGAGGAAGCAACCAAAGCUGUGACAGAAAUGAACGGGAGAAUUGUUUCAACCAAGCCGCUGUAUGUGGCUCUGGCUCAGCGGAGAGAGGAGCGUAAAGCAAUCCUUACCAACAAAUACAUGCAGAGACUCGCCACCCUGAGGACCAUGCCAAGUCCCAUUAUCGACUCAUACCACCAGACCGGAUACUACAUGACUGUACCACAGCCUCCUACUCGCUCCUUCUAUAACCACAACGUCGUCAGCAACAUGAGGCCGGUACCUCGCUGGACAGGACAACCACCAAGACCACAGGGCCCAUACUCAACCCAGUUUGUUGGUAAUUCGGUUCCCCGGCGUGGAUCGCCAACCAUUGCUACAGUCAGACAGGCUUCCACCCAGGCUCCACGUGUUGUCAGUUCUUCACAGAAGACAAAUAACAUUGGGACCCAGACUGGAGGAGGACGCACAGACACGGCCGGUGUGAUCAGAAACAAUCAGUACAAGUAUUCGUCUGUUGUGAGGAGCCCUCAGCAGGUCAUCACUGUACCUGCCUCAAUGACAAGACUUCAGGUGAUUUCUGCCCCAGUGAUGGAGCCACUGGUGCAUGUUCCAGGCCAUGAUCCGCUCACCGCCUCCAUGCUGGCUUCAGCUCAACCAAUGGACCAGAAACAGCUCCUUGGUGAGCGAUUGUAUCCAAUGAUCCAUGCCCUUCACUCCAGCUUGGCUGGGAAGAUUACAGGGAUGCUACUGGAGAUCGACAACUCAGAGCUGCUGCACAUGCUGGAGUCGCCCGAGUCUUUGCACUCCAAGGUGGAUGAGGCGAUUGCAGUCCUUCAGGCUCACCAGGCUAAAGAAUGUUCUCCAAAGAAGUGAAGAGCCCGUACAGGUCAGCGACUUUUCAGCUGCACGAGAUGUUAAUUUUUUUCCUAGUAAGUUUUGUUUAUUUAAUUGAUGUAAUAAAAAAAGGGUUAAACAUCAUGACUGACAGCUGAGACCAACUCAUGGUUGGUUGAGCGUGUGUAUUAUCUCAAUUCUGUGGCUCCGUACCACGAUCACUACUGCAAAAUGGCAGCACCUGUACCUUGGAUAAGCUUUUAUUUUCAUCUUGAUCCAUUAUGCUUGUAUUCAGGGGAGCAGUAUUAAAAUGUUCAGCCAUUGAUCUGUGGUGAAAUGUCUUUAAAAUGUAAUGCUCCCAACACUGGCCAAGACUUCAGCUGUACUUGUAUGGUUCAGUUUGAUAGUUCGGAGAAUCCCGCACCGCUCUCUUAGUGUUGGACAUUAUUAUCUGAAAAGUCUUAACCAUGUCAUUUUUUCCAGAUUUCAACGACUCUGAGGAGG